AUGUGUGGAGGUAGGGAGUUCCAGAGCCUGGGGGCAGUGCAGCUUAAAGCCCUGGCACCCAUGGUGCUGAGGUGUGAGGUGGGGAUGGUCAGGAGACCAGCAGAGGAGGAGCGCAGGGAGCGGGAGGGGGUGUGCUCCUGGGGAAGAGAGCUAAGACUCCCAUGUGUCGUCCCCCAGAUUGUCUUCUACGAGGACAAGAACUUCCAGGGCCGUCGCUACGAGUGCGACAGCGACUGCUCGGACUUCCACGCCUACCUGAGCCGCUGCAACUCCAUCCGGGUUGAGAGUGGGGCCUGGGUGGUGUACGAGCGGCCCAACUACAUGGGCUACCAGUAUGUCCUGACCAGGGGGGAGUACCCAGAGUACCAGCGCUGGAUGGGCCUCAACGACCGCCUCAGCUCCUGCAAGAUGGUCCACUUUACCAGUGGGACCCUGUACAAGAUGCAGCUGUAUGAGAAGGCCGACUUCGGGGGCCAGGCCUUUGAGGCCACAGAGGACUGCCCCUCUCUACUGGAGAAGUUCCGCUGGAGGGAGGUCAACUCCUGCAAGGUGUUCGACGGCUGGUGGGUUUUCUACGAGCACCCCAACUACCGCGGACGGCAAUACUUCCUGGAGAAGGGGGAAUACCGCAAGCCUGGCGACUGGGGUGCCGUCAGUCCUGCGGUCCAGUCCUUCAGGCGCUUCACUGAAUGAUUUCA